UUAGUUUUUAUUUAUGGUGCGAUGAUUGAUGUUUGUUGACUAACUCCCCUAUACCAUGCCUAAGUAUUAUUAAAUUUAUCUCCAUUUAAAGGUAUGAAAAGUUAGUCAUUAUUGGCAUCAUUUGUUAGUGAAUAAAAAUUGUAAAUUUGGCACGAGGUUUGGUAUUAUUAGUGUAACAUUUUGAUACAUGCUUCCAAUAAAAAACACACAUCUUAUUCACUGCCCUCAGAAUAAUACUUCCCGCAAUUUUAUAUUUACUUGUUUAUUUGGAUGACACGGUCUAAAGUCGAAAAUAAAAGUUAUUUAGGGUCCAACGCGUGUUUGUCCGCAGUCCCAAUGUGUUUAACCUAUGUUGCGGACGAAAAAUUUGAACAAAAGAUUUAAAUUUGGUCUGGUUAAUUCUUUGGAAACACCUAGUCACUUCAUGUUUGACAGUGCUGUGUUUGGAGAGGUUUUGUCUCGUUGUCGGAGAGUUUCAUUACCCAUACAGCAAUAAACUGACUCCAAAGAACGAUGGAUUUCGUGAUAGGAGGAGCGGCGGCGGCGGGCGCGGCCCUUUUCAGCAACCCCUUCGACGUGCUCAAGACCCGGAUGCAGCUGCAGGGUGAGCUGCGAGCGAGGGGCCAGCACGCCGUGUUCUACAAGAACACCAUGCACGCCGGCUACGUGGUGGCCAAGAACGAAGGCAUACGCGGCCUGCAGAAGGGACUGGGCGCCGCCAUCCUCAUGCAUAGUGUGCGAAACAGUGUCAGACUGGGGACGUAUCAGUGGCUUAACAAAAACGGGAUGUUGACGGACGAAAAUGGCAAAACUAUCUUUUACAAGUCGGCCACGGCGAGUGCUUUCGCAGGGGCGGCCGGCGCUUUCUUCGGGAGCCCGCUGUUCCUGAUCAAGACGCAGCUGCAGUCGCAGGCGGCGCAGAACAUCGCCGUUGGGCACCAGCACGGCCACAACGGGGCGGUGCAGGCUUUCCUGUUUAUUUACGACAAAUACGGCGUAACGGGUUUGUGGAGAGGACUUAGUGGGACAAUCUCCAGAGCCAUUGUUGGAUCGUCGGCUCAACUAACUACAUUCGCAAUAACCAAAGACUACUUGAGGGAAUCAGCUGUGUUAAAAGACUACCCGAUGUGUUCCUCACUGUUAUCCAGUAUUGUCAGCGGCGUAUUCCAAACUGUACUUAUGACACCAUUCGAUUUGGUAUCAACUAGGCUGUACAAUCAAGGUGUUGAUGCCAAAGGACGUGGUUUAUUGUACAGCGGUCUAAUUGACUGCUUUAUCAAAAUAGGCAAGUCUGAAGGAUUUUUCGGUUUCUACAAAGGAAUUGGUGCCAAUUACAUGAGGUUAGCACCACAUGGAGCACUAUGCUUGCUCUUUUGGGAUUACCUCAAAGAUCUGCAACUUCGAUAUAUCGAUACGAAACCUCAAAAAUCAUAGCAAAAUGUAUGAUUUAAUUGAGGUAAAAGUCCAGUUUUUUAUACGACAGUGUAGACUUUCAGCAAAUAAGCAAAACUUUUUGUAAAUUCAGUUUUAUGUACUGUACAUAAACGAUGUAAAUAGUUUAAUAUUUAUACAUGUAUAUUUUUAUGUAUUAUAUAAAACAUUCAUUUUAUUAAAAAUUAUUUAAACUAA